AUGGAAGACUCACCCGCCGAUGCCGCCGGCUCCGGCCGCCGCACGCGCACGCGCACCCGGGGCACGGAGGCGUUGGGGCGCGCCGCUGUGCUCCAGCAACUCCGCUCCGUCCGCAAAGGUGAAAUCCGCGCCUCCGACGUCAUCCAGGUGAAGGUUGACGCCCCGAUCUACGACACCGUCCCGGAGGAGGAGUACAACGUGCUCGUCGCUCGCCGCAAGAAGGAAGCCGGCGAGUUCAUCAUCGACGACGACGGGCUCGGUUACGUCGAUGACGGCCGCGAGGAGGACUGGAGCCACCGCGCCCUCCCUUCCUCCUCCGAUGAGGGAUCUGACGGCGAGGACGGCGCCCCCAGAAAGCGGAAGCAGACGCGCCCUCCCCAGGCGAAGCGCCAGCCGCAGCAGUCCGCCAAGGCGGCGGCGUCUCUCUCCGCCGCUGCCGCAAAGACGGGCCAGCAGAUCUCCUCCAUGUUCACAUCCUCGGUGUUUAAGAGGACCGGCAGCGACCGUGCCAAGGGCUUGGCACUGGCCGCCGACAGCAUCGUGGACGACAUCAUCGCCGAGUUUGCGCCCGACGAGAACGACCGUGAGGAGAGGCGGCGGCGGGUUGGUAGGGUUUGUGCGCCGCAGCCUCCUCCUCCAACAGUUUCCUACGUCAAGCCUCAAAAGGUAACUGUCGAUACUGAAAUGGUCAGAUCGGACAAUGGAAAUGAUAUGGCGGUGGAAUUGAAGAACGAUACUGAGAUGGAAACCAAUUUGGAGGAAAUUCCUGGUUCUAGUGCUGAAUUGGUGGUUGAUAAUCUGAAAGAAAUUCCUGGUUCUAGUGCUGAAUUGGUGGUUGAUAAUAAGAGUUUGGAGGAACCAAAGCAGGAGGCUGAUGGGGAAGUAAAGGUAGAAAAGACACACCGCCUCAAUGCAAAGAUUAAGGCGGAGGAGAGCAGAAAUAAUGAUGUGAUGAGUGCAACAGCAGGAUGGAUGAAGAUAUGUGGGAACGGGCAGAAUGCAGUAGGUGAAGAAGGGGUGGCUGUUGAUGGUAACACCAAUGUGGAUGAAAGUUCAGAGUUCGAGCUGAAAGAUGGAGCACUGCCAUUCUACAUACUGGAUGCAUAUGAGGAACCAUUUGGUGCUAAUUCAGGCACAGUGUAUUUGUUUGGGAAGGUUGAAGUUGGCAAGCGGUUCCAUAGUUGCUGCGUCAUUGUAAAAAAUAUUCAAAGAUGCAUAUAUGCUAUUCCAAACCAUUCAGUGUUUCCAAGGGACUCCAUAUCAGGGAUAGAAAAAAACCCCACAAGUGCUGAUCUUUUGCCAUCACUUCGAGCAACUCUACAUGAGUUGGCGUCAGGAUUAAAGAGUGAAAUAGCUGACAAAUUGUCAGACCUCAAUGUGUCAAAUUUCGUAAUGACUCCAGUCAAGAGGAACUAUGCAUUUGAGAGGACUGAUCUACCAAAUGGAGAGCAGUAUGUCCUGAAAAUUAAUUAUCCUUACAAGGAUCCUGCUCUACCAGCAGACCUCAGGGGUGAACAUUUUCAUGCACUGCUUGGGACAAGCAAUAGUGCUCUUGAAUUAUUUCUUAUCAAGAGGAAGGUCAAGGGGCCUUCAUGGUUGUCGGUUUCCAAAUUUGUGACACGGUCAUCCACUCAGCGGGUCAGCUGGUGUAAAUUUGAAGUUACAGUUGAUUGCCCAAAGGAUAUAUCUGUUUUGACGACAAGUACAAAUCUAGAAGUUCCUACUGUUGUAGUUGCAGCAGUUAAUCUCAAAACUAUCAUAAAUGAGAAACACAAUGUGCAUGAGAUUGUGUCAGCAUCUCUCAUAUGCUGUCAUCGGGUGAAGAUUGAUAGUCCAAUGUGUCCAGAAGAUUGGCAGAAACAGGGAACACUCAGCCAUUUUACUGUUAUGCGCAAACUUGAAGGUAGCAUAUUUCCUAUAGGCCUUGCUAAGGGAGCUUCUGAUAGGAACGAGCAGGCUGGUAGCAACGUGCUGGCACUAGAAAGCAGUGAACGCGCAUUAUUAAAUCGCUUGAUGAUUGAGCUUAGCAAACUUGACUGCGAUGUACUUGUGGGACACAAUAUUUCGGGAUUCGAUUUGGAUGUGCUUCUACACCGUGCUCAGACAUGCAAAGUGCCAAGCAGCAUGUGGUCCAAGAUUGGUCGUCUCAGGCGAUCAUCAAUGCCCAGGCUUACCAAAGGAAGCACACUCUAUGGUUCUGGAGCUAGUCCAGGAAUUAUGUCCUGUAUUGCUGGCCGUCUUCUCUGUGACACCUAUUUAUGCUCUCGUGACCUUCUGAAGGAGGUGAGUUAUUCCUUGACACAACUUGCAGAAACACAAUUAAAAAAGGUCAGGAGAGAGGUUUCUCCACAUGAUAUACCUCUGAUGUUCCAGUCUUCGAGUGAACUGCUCAAACUGGUUGAAUAUGGUGAGACAGAUGCAUGGCUUUCUUUGGAGCUCAUGUUUCACUUGAGUGUUCUCCCACUGACACGGCAAUUGACCAACAUUAGUGGUAACCUGUGGGGGAAAACACUUCAGGGUGCUAGGGCUCAGAGGGUAGAAUAUCUACUACUGCAUUCAUUUCAUGCAAGAAAAUUUAUUGUACCGGAUAAAUUUGCACGCAACAAAGAGCUGAACUCCACAAAAAGAAAAAUGAAUGCUGAUACUGAGGAUGCAAAUGCUGAUGAUGGUGCUGCUGAUCCUUCCGUUGAUGAUGAAGUGCAUAAUGGUGAUCACGGUAAAGCCAGAAAAGGACCUUCAUAUGCUGGUGGAUUAGUUUUGGAGCCUAAGAAGGGUCUAUAUGACAAGUAUGUUCUGCUUCUCGACUUCAACAGCCUUUAUCCUUCAAUAAUUCAGGAAUACAACAUCUGCUUUACCACCGUUGAGCGUUCUUCUGAUGGCAGUGUACCUAAUUUGCCAGCAUCAAAAGCUACUGGUGUUUUACCUGAGUUGCUGAGGAGUUUGGUGGAGAGGAGAAGGAUGGUUAAAUCAUGGUUGAAGACUGCUUCUGGUCUUAAAAGGCAGCAGUUUGAUAUUCAACAACAAGCAUUGAAACUCACUGCAAAUAGCAUGUAUGGUUGCUUGGGCUUUUCCAAUUCCAGGUUUUAUGCAAAGCCACUUGCUGAGCUUAUUACACUCCAAGGUAGAGAGAUAUUGCAAAACACUGUAGAUCUGGUUCAGAAUAAUUUAAAUUUGGAGGUUAUCUAUGGUGAUACAGAUUCCAUCAUGAUACAUACUGGGCUUGAUGACAUCUCCAGGGCAAAAGCAAUUGCAGGAAAGGUUAUUCAGGAGGUGAACAAAAAGUACUGUUGUCUGGAGAUUGAUCUUGAUGGCAUAUACAAGAGAAUGUUACUUCUUAAAAAGAAAAAAUAUGCUGCUAUUAAAGUGGCACUGGAUGGCAGCUUACGAGAGAACAUUGAACGCAAGGGGCUCGAUAUGGUCAGACGUGAUUGGAGUUUGCUGUCAAAAGACAUUGGAGAUUUUUGUCUCAAUCAAAUUUUGUCUGGAGGGACAUGUGAUGAUGUUGUUGAGUCAAUACAUAGUUCUCUUGUCCAGGUGCAAGAGCAAAUGAGAAGUGGUCAAAUAGAACUCGAAAAAUAUGUUAUCACAAAGAGCUUAACAAAAGCGCCAGAAGAUUAUCCAGAUGCUAAAAAUCAGCCUCAUGUUCAGGUUGCUUUGAGACUCAAGCAAAAUGGUUACUCUGGUUGCUCAGCUGCUGACACAGUCCCUUACAUAAUUUGCUGUCCGCAGGACUCAGAUAAUACACAUUCUGUGGGAAUAGCUCAGAGAGCUAGACAUCCCGAGGAGUUAAAAAGAGACCCUGACAAGUGGAUGAUUGACAUCGACUAUUAUUUGUCACAGCAGAUUCAUCCUGUUGUUUCUCGUCUGUGUGCUUCCAUUCAGGGCACUAGUCCAGCUCGCCUGGCUGAAUGUCUGGGACUUGAUUCGGCUAAGUUCCAAUCAAGAGUGACUAAGUCUAGCAAUCAAGAUACAUCUACGAUGCUGUUAUCUGUAAUCGAUGAUGAAGAUGAGAGAUAUCGUGGUUGUGAGCCACUGCGUUUAUCAUGCCCAAGCUGUUCUGGUACCUUCGAUUGCCCUCCUGUAUCUAGUCUGAUUACUAGUGCUACAAGUGUAUCAGAUCCAAAUGAAGGAAAGGAUGCUACUGCUAAUUUCUGGCGCCAUAUGCGGUGCCCAAGAUGCCCAGAUAAUGCUGACGAGUCCAAAAUUUCUCCUCCAAUGCUUGCCAACCAGAUGAAAAGACAGGCUGAUAAUUUCAUUAGUCUAUAUUAUAAAGGUUUGCAGAUGUGUGACGAUGAGGGUUGCAAAUACUCUACUCACAGCGUAAACCUUAGAGUUAUGGGGGAUUCUGAGAGAGGAACCAUCUGCCCUAACUACCCACGCUGCAACGGUCGCCUAGUAAGACAGUACACGGAGGCAGAUCUAUACAGGCAACUGUCAUACUUUUGCUAUGUACUUGAUGCACCCCGGUGUCUUGAAAAGCUGGACCAGAAGGCAAGGCUCCCCUUCGAGAGAGAGUUUGUAGCAGUAGGCCAAACAAUUAACUUGGCACUGCUAGAGAUCCAGAAAAUCCGAGAUAGAUGUGCAUUUGGAUGGGGGUUUGAAGCUGGUUGUUGGGUUGCAAACUUGCAAUUGCACAUGGCGCAGCCACAGAAGCGGGUGUACCAAGCUUGGAAGGGGGAUAACAGGUUCUUCUUUGGUGGGCGGUUGAUAUUUGGACCUGAUGUUAAAUCUCUAGGUGUUUCUGUUGCCCUCAUUGUUAUCCCAGUUGCUGUGUUUUGUGUGUUUGUCGCACAUCAUCUCCGUCAUCAGUUUCAUGCAUAUGACGCAGGAUAUGCAAUUCUUGUCAUAGCAAUAGUGUUCACAAUCUAUGUGCUUCUGUUACUCUUCACCGCUGCCGCUCGGGAUCCUGGCAUUGUACCUCGUGCUUCACAUCCACCUGAGGAGGAUAUUCACUAUGAUAAUUUGUCUCUUACUGACACACCUGGAAUGCUACAGUUUCCUCGUGUAAAAGAAGUUAUAGUAAAUGGGAUGCCUGUGAAAGUAAAGUAUUGUGAAACUUGUAUGGUUUUUCGCCCUCCUCGGUGUUCACACUGUUCCAUUUGCAACAAUUGUGUGGAACGCUUUGAUCAUCACUGCCCAUGGGUAGGACAAUGCAUUGGAAAGCGCAAUUACCGUUAUUUUUUCCUAUUUGUUAUCUCUUCAAGUCUCCUCUGCACUUAUGUGUUUGCUAUAUCGGCCUUGUACAUCAAGUUUCUCAUGGAUGGAGACUAUCCUACAGUUUGGAAGGCAUUGAAACAUUCCCCUGCUUCUCUAGCACUAAUGAUAUACUCUUUUAUCUCUCUCUGGUUUGUUGGUGGGCUCACAGGAUUUCAUACGUAUCUCAUCAGCACAAACCAGACCACAUACGAAAAUUUUCGGUACAGGUCAGAUGGCAGGCAUAAUGUCUAUGAUCAAGGGUGCCUGAGUAACUUUCAAGAAGUAGUCUGUGGCAAGAUAGAACCUUCUAAACAUAAGUUCCGGGCGCACGUACAAGAGGAAGUGCGAGCUCCACCAGCUAACCUUGCUGGAGAGGCUGAAGAAGAACAAGUUGGUGGUCCUCGAGCAAAAGUGGGAGAUGACCUUGAUAUUGGUGGUGAUCUGUUGAAGAUUUCACAGAGGCAUAACCAUGAGGACAUUGAUAUUGAAAUGGGAGGUGGGGAUGCUAAUGAGGUGGAAUGCUCAGUUUCAGAUUCCAAAGUUAAAGACAAUACAGAUGCACAUAUGUAG